AUGCUUGAUGACUGUUAUUUCUAUUUAUACUCAGAAUGUAAGUUAAAAGAGAGAUGUAGAUUUAGACAUAAUCCACUCUCUAAAGAUAAUUUAAUACUUUGUAAAAACUGGUCAAAAAACAAAAAAUGUCGUUUAGAUUGUCCAUUAAGACAUUCUUUAUAUCACGUUGUAAAGCAACGAUCUGAUACAAUGUGUUAUUGGGAAGACAAAGGAGGUUGUACUAAGUACAGAUGCGAGUAUAAGCAUGUAGAUCCAUCCAAGGAUGAAUGGAAAGAACCAAAAGUCAAAUUGUUAACGGAAAUUAUUGAAAGCAAAAAUAUACACAAUAAUACUUCAACUAUUAGUAUAAGUGAUAUUUCAGAGCCCGUUAAUGAUGAUGUAACAAUUUCUGAUGCAGAAUUUGCAGUUAAUAAAUGUUUGGAGGAUAAAACGGAAUAUAAUGAACUUGAUAAAAAUUUAAAGGUUGGCGAGGAUACAAAAUUUGCAAUUAAAACAUUUGAAUUAGAAAAUGUUAAUGUAUUAGUUAAUGACAAAGGCACAUCCUUACCGAUCUCGACUGUUGACUCUGAUGGAAAUCAGCAAUCAGAAACAAAGGUAGAAGCAUUGACAUUUGAACAAACGUUGGAUAGUAACAAUAAUGUAGAACAGACUUCAGCCAAUUCUUCUGAAUCAGUUCUUAAGCCAAAAAGCUCAUUUGGAAAUGAUAUAAUGGGUGAGGUUAAAAGAGCUGCAUUAGAAGAUCAAACCCUAGAAACAGAAGCAUUAUUGUUACAUGAACAAUCUGUUCAGUCAACAACUGGAUAUACGUGUUCUGAGAAAGACAAAGAAGCGGAAGCCGACAAUUUUAAAAAUGACAAUGCUGUUUCUUCUAAAAAUCUUACUAAAGAUAACCUUGAUGUUGCUGUCCAAUCCAAAUGUGUUUCUAACAAUGAAAAACAUUCUGGUAGUGUAGAGAAGCCUAUUGAGAUUUUAUCAAAUAUUUCAGAAUUAGAAGAAAAAGCACCGCUUAAGCGCAAGAUCGUUGAUCAAUCGCUAUAUAAAAAAUCCAAAUCUGACAGUAAUAUUGAUAUUGAAAGUCUGGAUAAAGAAAUAGCUGAGAUUGAAGAAUUGCUAAAGGAAAAUUAA